GGGGUGGCGACAGAGGAGAAGGGAUGAGGACGCAGAAAGGCAAAGAAGGAGGACAGUGGGAGUGGUGAGGAAAGCACAGCUGAAGCAAGAGAGAGAGUCCGAGUCACGUCGUCGUCCUGAACCGUCCCAAAAGCGCUAUCAGCAACUCACACGCGCAUGCAGCAUGUUUACGCCACACGGCGGGAGCGCCCCAAUAGUCCAGGAUGGAACCUCUGAGCUAAGGAAGCCUUGGACUUGGAACUAACGUCUUCCUAAAUUCGCCUUCUUCAUGCACACCACAAGAUGUCGGUCAAGCUGCGAUUUGACUCGCCUUCGGAUGGAAACCCAGUUCAUCGUAGUCGCUCCUUCACGGGGUUCGGCUCUGUGACGGGCCGACGGCGGCCUUCCUCGGCUCGUAACUCGUUGCGCUCCAACGCUGUGUCUGAAAGAAAAACUCCACGAGCUCCGCUGUCUUCCAGAAGAGGAUUCGGAUCUGUCUUGUCCCUGCAGCCAGAGGAUGUGGACCGCGUUUUCCAGGCGCUACGCAAAGGCCUCAGGGAUCAUGUGCAGCGCCACCAGACUGAGAUGGACUUUCUGUCUUCACAGCAGCGAGAAACCAAAAGGAACUCCAGACUGGGCUUUCAGUACGACCUUGACAAGGAGAUUCGUGUUCAGGAGAGGCUUAUCCGAAAGCUGGAAUUCCAAAUCAGCAAGGUGGACGAGCUCUACGAGAACUACUGCGUCCAGUGGCGUCUCUGCCAGGGAGCCGUCAACAUGAAGAGAGCCUUCUCCCUGGCGCCCUCCACCAGGGAGUCCAGAGAGAGCCUCCUGGAACUCGGACGCAACCACAGGCACAGCGUCCAGGACAUGUCAGCCAUGGAGGGAGAGCUCGAGGUCCUCCUGGGAGAACUUCACGUCAAGAUGAAAGGUCUCAUUGGCUUCGCCCGGCUAUGUCCCGGAGACCAGUAUGAGGUUGUGCUACAGCUGGGCCAUCAGCGCUGGAGGAUUCGCGGCCGUAUCGAAAGCGACGAUGUCCAGUCCUGGGAUGAGGAGGAGAUGCUCUUCCUACCGCACAUCAAGCACAACUUUGAGAUCAAGGUUUCAGAGGCCAAGGGUCUGGGCUGGCAGCUGGUGGGCACGGUGACCUGUGCCAGCGCGCACUUCUUUGUGGCUACUCCCCAACUCAUGCUGGUGGACAUUACCCAACUAGGGACCAUCAAGCUACAGCUGGAGGUUACGUGGAAUCCGUUGGACAGUGGUGACAAGGUUGGACUUUUGUCGAGCAGCCGGCCGUCAGGGUGGAGCAGGAAGACUUCAGUGCAAAGUUGGACUGCACCCAGCACACCUUCCUUCUCAGAGAAGUACUUCCUGUCGAUGGUUCAGGAGUUGCAGGACGGAGGAGGAGGAGCUUCAGUCCCACUCCGGAUGAGGAAAAGUGGGCGGGCCAGGGGUGUGUCUUUAAUGAGCUAUCUGUCACACUCGUCCAUCACAUCCAGCCUCUCACAGGCCAAGACACCACCCAGCCUCUGCAGCAGCGUGGCAGGAAGUCACACUCAACUUUCCAUGGGCGAGGACGGAGAGGAAAGAGUGACCAGCGGGAGGAGGAGUCAGAUGGGUCGGGAAGAGGAGGAAGAGGAGAAGGGGGAGGCCUGGGGAGGAAUGUUUGCUUCUCCUUCUUCUCUCGUGGAUCUUCACAGGUCCAGCACCCCUGACAUCCUCAAAGACAAGCAAGACAACCCAACAGGAGGUUCCACGGAGGGCGAGGAUGGUCCACCAAAUGGCGUCAGCCAGGAGCGCAAAGACGUACCGGACCCCGCCCUGGAAUCCCCCGCCGCCUUGCUCCCCUCUACAGCUGCCAAGGUGGAGGGGCCCAGGCACGGGGGGGAGGAGCCCGGCGCUGGAGAGAGGCGGGCGCAAGCGCUGCGCCUGGGGGGGCUGCUGGCCGGGCUCGAGAGAAACUUGCGGACGCCGCAGAACUGUGAGAGCCCACUGAGGGUCCUGAAGCAGCAGAUAGAACACCUCAACACCAUCCUGAGGAACGACCUGUCCCUGAUGAGACCAUCGACAUCGGAUGACACCUUGGCCGUGGAGGAGGUUCUCUGCAGCUUUGACUUCCUGUCACAUGAUGAUGACACUUCCUGUUUCGGCGGGUGAGUGUGUAUAAAUAUCUAUCUAUCUAUCUAUCUAUCUCUCUAUCUAUAUACUGUAUAUGUCUUGUCCGAGAGCGCCGAGGACCAACGGGUUUGCGAGGAUCAGCCGCCAGUCUCCCCGCUGACUUGUGGCCACUGGGGUCUAGACCAGGCUCUGGAGACACACCUGGACACAUGCUGCAUCCUACUGGAGACGCUGCAGAGGAUCAACUUCAGUUUGACCCGUGAAGAUCUGCUUGAGGAUAUUUCUCAACAAGCGGACGUCCUGAACAGAAUCGGCUGCUUACUGCUGGAGGACAAGGACAACAUCUCCACUGAAGACUUGCUUCCAGAGAAUCAGAGGAGCAGGGAGGUUUUGCAAUUCUGGGCCGACUGCGUGCGAGACGUCGCUUGCUCUUCUCCAUUCUGCUGCCACUCGGACAACUUUGUCAACGCACUCAGGAAACAUUACUCGCACAAAAUUAAAGCCAAAGUCAAAGCCAAGCAGCCUGGGCUCCCCGAAAGAGUGUUCCGCACACUGCUGCAGCAGGUGCAGGCGGCCUGCAGGGCGGCGCUAUGGCCUCCUCAGCCUCCGUGCUCUGCAGACAGAGUGAGCCUGUUCCAGCUGUCGAUUUACCUGAGACGAUGCAAUAUCCUGACGCUGGGCGAACACGUCGCCCGCCUAUCCAAGGAAGAGUACUUCCUGUCGGCCGUGAAGGGUCCCAAGCGUCGGGGCGCGCUGACCAGGAUGACGUCGCGGGGCGUGGCCCGCCUUCUUCCACUGGGUUGCACGCUGCAGGCGAUGGCGGCGCUCCUGACCGAUGCCGACCGCAAAGUGUGCCAGGCUGCCGCCCGCUGCCUGAAACGGGCUUCUGUCUGCACCGCCUUCCGAGGCAGGGCACUUGUUUACUACACGGAGAGUUUGAGGAGCACCGACGUCGUCAUUCAGCGGAACUCUUGUUUGGCGCUCAAAUGCUUGGCGGCCACAGAGAGUGUGGAGCACAUGGUUGAACUUCGCAGGUGUCCCGAUGAAGGCGUUCGAAAUGCCGCCAAGGAAGCGGUCCUCUCUUUUGGUAAAAAAGGCCAUGCGGCCUUCCAGAGGAUGGAGCAGCUUGACUUGGAGAUGCAGGAGGACUUUUUUCAGAAUUUGGAGACUGAGAUCACGUUCCUAUAAGGGCAACUGAUGUUUUCUUUCAUGUUCAUGGCCAACGCACGGUGUUAACUUUUGAUACAUAUUUAAAUAAUAAAAUCAGCUAAACGCAG